GGGGGCUGAUGUCACGCGCCCGCCUCCCUGCGGCCCAGGCCAUAAAGGCAGGUGCGCUCACCUGGCGCGCAGGUAAGAGCCGCUGGGAGGUGAAGGAGACGCCCCGCCCGCCCGCCCGCCCGCCCGCCAUGGCCAACUCGGGUCUGCAACUGCUGGGCUUCGCGCUGGGCCUGGUGGGCUGGAUCGCCACCCUGGCCGCCACCGUCAUGCCCCAGUGGCAGAUAUCCGCCUACGCCGACGGGAACAUCAUCACGGCCGUGGCCGUCUACCAGGGCCUCUGGAUGACCUGCGCGUGGCAGAGCACCGGGCAGAUCCAGUGCAAGGUCUACGACUCCGUCCUCAGCCUCAAGGCUUCCCUGCAAGCCACCCGGGCUCUCAUGGUGGUCUCCAUCGUCCUCGGGGUGGUCGCCAUGGGGGUGGCCACCAUGGGCAUGAAGUGUACCCGCUGUGGGGGCGAAAACAAAGUCACGAAGGCCCGGAUUGCCAUGACGGGGGGCAUCGUCUUCAUCAUUGCAGGCCUCUGCUCCCUCAUUGCGUGCUCAUGGUACGGGAACCAGAUUGUGACGGACUUCUACAACCCCUUGACGCCUGUCAAUACCAAGUAUGAAUUUGGCUCUGCCAUUUUCAUUGGCUGGGCCGGCGCAGCGUUGGUCAUCCUUGGAGGCGCCCUCCUUUCUUGCUCCUGUCCCGGGAAAACCGGCUCUGCCUACGGCCGUCAAUACCCCCAGGGCAAGGCCAUCUCCAAGCCUCCCAGUAGCAAAGAAUACGUCUAGUCCUGCUCUGAAGCAGCUGCGUGAGCCAGUCCUGCGGAUCACCCCCUGGCCCGCCUAGACCUCCCCUGACCUUCUUCCAUGUCCGGGGAGUUCUGGACUCCGCCAGGCCUUGGGCCCCUUCAGAGACGCUUUUAAUAGCCUUCGUUUGGCACCCAGUUUUUAUCUGACUUUUUUUUUUAAAAUCCUUUUUUAAACCUCCUGUAAUUUUUUAGAGGAUACCAGUGUCAUUUCUACCAAGGUGGGGGGGGGGGAGCAUCUACAAAGCAAACCGCUGCUCAGCCACGUGUGGGGGUCUGGCUUGAUACGGAGGGGCCUUAAUUCUAUCUUGAGGGGUUUUUUUUCCUGCGCUAUAGCGUGUUCUCAGUUUAGGAUGCAUUCCUGCGCGGAAUUGUGUAGCAUCGAUGUACGAUUUGAAUCAUUUACUCAGGAGUGCGUGGAAUCAUGGCAGCACAGGAUUACAGAUCGAUUGCUUUUUCCGAGGGUUUUAACGGAUGCAAAUCUUGAGGGGCGUUAGGUAGAUUAGAGCAUGUGGCGUCAGCAAGCGGUGGAGCGCCUCUUAACGCCAGCAAACUGAACCCCAAAGCAUGGAGACGGAUCAAACUUGGAGCGUUUGCAGAGCCUUCCAUCACGGGGCAUUUAUUUGGGGGAAAUGCAUAUUGCAGCCCUACCGUCAAAUCCCCAAACCUCCAACUUUUGCAAUAGGGCAUUAGUUUGGGAGGGGUGGAGGCAGACAGGAAUUGGAUCUCAACGAAGGAAGGCUGACAUUCAUUCUGGGGAGAGGGAAAUGUGUACCAUUGAGGGGAGCAGGAAAGGAGCGUAUAAGCGGUUAAAUUUUCUGCGGCAUGGGAUCCCUAGUAUGAGCCCCAGUGUUCAGGGAUUCCCACUAUCAAAAGGGAGAGCUGUGGAGAAGGGGGUGUGCCCCGAGAAGCAGUGACUUACGUAGUUUACAGAGAUGCUAGUACGAAAUCUUCCUCCAGUUGACCAUCUAAUUCAAAAAAAGGACUCUUCCUUUUAAGAUCUUUGCUUCAUCUCUAAAUGCUGGCCCUAAUAUGCGCUGAGACCUUUCUCUAUGUCCAGAAAUAUCAGCCUUCCCGAUGUUUUAUUUUCAUUGCUUAGUGGAGGUAGAAGGGGAAACGUUUCACCCUCGCGAGGCAGGGCUGCCUAGGAGAGACGUGAUCCUCAAGCAAAAACGUUUGCCUUAUUUUAAAGCGCUGUGACUCAUUAGGGCUGUGUGUGUGUGCCCGUGUGUGUUUUUGUGAUGCUGGGAACUGAUAUUUUUUUGUACAGAAUAAAUAGACCUUUUUUUGGAGAAAGUC